AUGACCGCCCCCGCGCUGGUUGACCCGACGAAGCAGGCCGAGUACCCUAUCGUCCUGGGUGAACGGCUGGCCAAGGCAGAUUCCAGUCGGUUGGUCAAUGUCAACUACAAUUAUAAGACCAAAUCUGCAACGUCGCGACAACGCUCAAUCAUCACUCGCUCCUCCCCGUCGCACGAUCUCUACAAUCUUUCCGUCACCGAUAAGGCCCCAAACGCCGAUCACACCUUAGCUUAUUCCUACGAAGGGUGCGAAGAUCCAGCCAGUGAAGGUAAUUACAUCCUGGUCUUUGACCCUGAUCGGAAAGUUUUUGUUCUGGAUACUGUGUCUACGAAAUAUAAUUUCAACUUGCGGUCGGCACCAGGGAAGACCGAGAAACAGGUCAUUGAACAAUACGAGCAACUCAGUCUGGGUACACACGAGUAUGAACAUACAUCGGGCGAAGAUCGCAAUGCUGUGAGCGGUGCUAGCGAAGAUGAGGGUACCGCUGACGAUAACAACCCAUACGACUUCCGACAUUUCCUUCGCAAAGAGGGAGCGGAAGAUGUUAAGCCGGCCUCGGGCCACUCCACCCCGGAGCCGGUGUACACCAGCAAGGCCAACACGCCGAUAAUUCCAGCCACAAAGCCAGCCACAAAACCCAUAGCUCGACCCAGGAAGCAGGCCAAUCCACUUCGAGAAACAAAACGUCCGGCAAAGCCACCAGCUAGAGCUGAUCCACCUAAGCCGACUACGGAGAUACCCGCUGAACCCACCGUUCGCGCCGAUCCACUGGAGCUCGAGCAGCGUCGUCGUUCUCCAUCAGCAGGUGCCUCUCAAAAGAGCAUUUCUUCUCCUGGCUCAAACAUCAUUAUUGAUGGAGACCUUAUUAUUGACAUGGGCUCCCCACCACCUUCGAGACCCUUCAGAGUCAACCCUGCCCACUUCUCAUCUAACCAUACCCCAGAUGACAGAGAGGAAGAUGAUGGGGAUGAGGAACUUGAGGAAUUCAGACUCCCAUCUCCUGCUGGAAAUAACAAGGCCCCACCCCCAAUUUUAGAAGCAGAUGAUGUGGAAGACGAUGAUGCACUUGCUGCGGAGAUGGAAGCAGCCUUUGAAGAGAGUGCUCGGGAAGAGGAGCAGGCCAGGAACCAGCAGUAUGGUCAAAAUCAUUACAAUGUCCCAAGUGAUGAUGAGAGUGAAGUCAGUGAAGAGGAGUAA